AUCAGACGUUCUCGGACUUUCAGCUGAUUCGUGGCUGAAUCUUGAACGACACUGUAAAUUCUUUUCAGCAGACUUUUGUCAGAUUCCUGACAGAUACUUGAAGAUUCUCAGGUGAUUCCUGAAGACUUUCGGUAGAUUCUGAAGACUUUCGGUAGACUGAAGACUUUCGGUAGACUCUGAAGACUUUCGGUACACUGAAGACUUUCGGUAGACUCUCAGGAUGGCGAGUGCAGCAGCUGAUCUGGCCCGGAGGAAGGCCCGGGAAGAAGACGGUACCGGCAGCCGGGCCAACGCCAUACCCUUCAACCAGCAGGACUUUGAACAGCUGCGGAGUGAGUGUCUGCAGAGCGGCUCGCUGUUCUGUGACCCGACCUUCCCCGCGACCUGGGACUCGCUGGGAUACAACCAGCUGGGACGCUACUCGUCCAAAACCAUCGGAGUGGAGUGGAAACGACCCACGGAACUGUGUCCUGCUCCUCAGUUCAUUGUGGAUGGAGCAAAAAGAACCGACAUCUGUCAGGGAGCCCUGGGUGACUGCUGGCUGCUGGCGGCUGUGGCCUCUCUGACUCUGGACCCUCAGAUUCUGAGCAGAGUGGUUCCUCCUGGUCAGAGCUUCACGUCUCAGUACACCGGCAUCUUCCACUUCCAGCUGUGGCAGUACGGAGAGUGGGUGGACGUGGUUGUGGAUGACCGGCUGCCAACCAGAGACGGGAAGCUGCUGUUUGUUCACUCGGCCGAGGGAAAAGAGUUCUGGAGCGCUCUGCUGGAGAAGGCCUACGCCAAGGUGAACAGUUCGUAUGAGGCUCUGACUGGAGGCUCCAGCAUCGAGGGUUUCGAGGAUUUCACUGGAGGAAUCGCAGAGAGCUACGACCUGAGGGAGGCUCCGCCCUCCCUGUUCAACAUCAUAAGGAAGGCUCUGAAGCUUGGCUCGCUGCUCGGCUGCUCCAUCGACAUUUCCAGCUCAAAUGAGACGGAGGCGAUCACUAGUCAGAAGCUGGUUAAAGGCCAUGCCUACUCUAUCACUGCAGCUGAGCAGGUUCAUUCCUCCGGUUCUCUCGUGGACCUGCUGAGGAUCAGGAACCCCUGGGGUCAGGUGGAGUGGACUGGUGCCUGGAGUGACGAUUCCAGGGAGUGGGCCGGAGUCGGGCCGGAGGAGAGGAGGAAGCUGGAUCACCGUGCUGACGAUGGAGAGUUCUGGAUGUCCUACUCCGACUUCCUGCGUCAGUUUUCCCGCCUCGACAUCUGUAACCUGACGCCCGACACGCUCACCAGCAACCAGGUCGCUCGCUGGAACUACGCCGAGUUCGAGGGCGUAUGGAGGGUUGGCUCCACCGCUGGUGGCUGCAGGAACUACCCUGCCACAUUCUGCUCCAACCCUCAGUUCUUCGUCCGACUCCUCGCCGUUGACGAUGACCCUGACGACGGCGAGGAUGGCUGCACCGCCCUCAUCGGUCUGAUGCAGAAAGACGCUCGCAGGGAGAGACGCUUCGGACGAGACCUCAACACCAUCGGAUUCGCCAUCUAUCAGGUUCCUGAUGAGUUCAAAGGUCGCAGUAACGUCCACCUGGGGCCGGACGUCCUGCUGAGGUCGGCGGCGGUGGCUCGCAGCCCGACCUUCAUCAACCUGAGGGAGGUGUGCGGCCGCUUCAAACUCCCCCCCGGAGAGUACGUCAUCGUCCCCUCCACCUUCGAACCACACCGCAAAGGAAGCUUCGCCCUGAGGGUGUUCACGGAGAAGGAGGCGCACAGCAGGCCGAUGGAGGAGGACGUGAGCGCCAGCAUCCAGGAGCCUGACGUGGGGCAGGACGACGUGGAUCCUCACUUCAGACGUCUGUUCCUCCAGAUCUCUGGAAACGACUCUGAGAUCUCAGCCUUCGAGCUCCAGCAGAUUCUGGACAGAGUUGUCGCUCAGAGAUCUGAGGUGAAGACCGACGGCUUCAGUCUUCAGACCUGCCGCAGCAUCAUCAGUCUGCUGGACAUGGACGGCAGUGGUAAACUGGGUCUGGUGGAGUUUCACCGUCUGUGGACAAAGAUCCAGAGAUACCUGGAGAUCUUUCAGAGUCAUGACUCAGAUGGUUCUGGUACGAUGAGCAGUCAUGAGCUGAGAGCAGCUCUAUCUGAAGCCGGUUUCCAGGUGAACAGCUCUGUGAUCCAGGAGAUCGUCACUCGAUUCUCUGACGCGAGUUUCGCAAUCGACUUCGACUGUUUCAUCGGUGCUUUGAUCCGAUUGGAGCUUCUCUUCAAAAUGUUCAGAACUUUGGACAAGAAGAACCAGGGGAAGAUUGAACUGGACCUGCAGCAGUGGCUCUGCCUCGCCAUCAACUGACCACCACCUGCUCCAGGAGCAUGCUGGGAGUUUUCACCUGCAACACCUGCAGAGAUCCGAGCUG